AUGGGUGAGCGAAAACCAUCUUGCCAUUAUAUCGCUCCAGAUUUCGAUCCGAGCCAAACUGGUCGUCGUUGUAAGCCCCAAAAUGGCCAACAUACAAUUCGCUUUAUGCUUCCUAUGGCUAUUAAAUGUACAAACUGUGGUGAAUAUAUGCAUGCAGGAACCAAAGCAAAUGCAAGAAAAGAACUUUGCUAUACCGAUGCAUAUCUCGGAGAAAUCAAUGUUUAUAGAAUUUAUAUUCAUUGUAAGGCAUGCUACGCAGAAAUCACAAUUAAAACUGAUCCAGAACAUUGCGAUUAUAUUGUAGAAAAAGGAGCAACAAGACACUUUGAACCAUGGCGCGAUCAUUAUAUUUCAAUCGCUAUGGAAGAAAAGAAUAAAUUAAAAGGGAGUAUUAUAGAACAAGCUGAAGCAAAAACAGUCGAUAUGAAAAAAGAAAUGGAACAUAUACAUGAAUUAGAAAGAUUACGAGCAAAAAGUCAAAAGAUUGAUAAAAUGAAUUUAGAAUCAGUACAAUAUGAUGAAAAUGAGAAAAAACAAAUACUUACUGAACUCGAUAGACAACGUAUAGAUUUAUUUGAACUGAAAAAACAAGAAGAAUUACAUCUUUUGGAUAAACAAGAAUUGGCUAAUCAAGUGUACAUGUCUCCUCAACCAACUAUCAAUACAUUUAAAUCUAAAAAGGUUAAUAUGUUCGAUAAUGCAGCUGCGGAAGAUUUUGGAUUUUAA